AUUGUCCGUAACUCUUGGCCUGUUAGGUAUUUCAGUUUCUGAUAAUCUAGACGAUUCGGAUUUUGUUCAAUUUUGAAAGAUUUGAACUUUGGAUAUGUUCAAAUCAAACUUAGUUCAGUUUUGAUGCUUUUUGAUGUUCGACCCUGAUUCUAUAGAGCUGAGAGAUGCUGCCUUAUAACUUCACAGUUUACAGUAAAUUCAAGUUUCAACUCAAUUUUGAACCUAAUGACUAAAAUCCUGAAACGAAACAGUGAAACACUUUUAGUUUUAAUUAUUUGAAAUUUCCCGAAAUUUCCUGAAAAAAUGAAUGGGCUCACUACACAGAGUGCUACACAAAAUUAAACUAUGGAAUAAUUACUAAAUUGCCCACUAGAAAACAAGAUACAUGUUGAAAUUUCAAAUUUCUAAAAUUCUGAAAAAAAAAAAUUAAAAAGGAAAAAAACACGAGCAGCAGUUUGAAGUUUAACCUGAUGACGUCGCAACAGUGCCAGCCUAGAGAUAAAAAAUGUUUGUGUGUGACUGUGUGUUUGUUUUGUCUUUGUUUAUUUCUUAUCUUUUUGAAACUGAAUUAAUUUUGUCAUGCAUGAAAUUAUUUUUAAUUAAUUUUUGCUAUUUCGUUAAAGAUUUAAACUAUAUUCAAAGUAUCGAAGUUGCGUCAGUGAGACGAAAUCAAGUUUUAAGUAUUUAUUCCACAAUCAUAUUUCUCAUUAUGAACAAGUGUAUUAUUCCCACGAUUCCCGUGGAUAACGAUGGUGAUGGUAGAUGGAAUAGUCAACACAAUUGUCAAUUAGCCGAAACUAAGGAAAAAGAACCUGAUGUGGUUUUUAUUGGUGAUACGAUUAUUCAAGAUUUGCAACAGCGGCCGAUUUGGAAUGAAAUCUUCGAACCACUACAUUCUCUGAAUUUAGGGAUUGCCUUUGAUUGCAUCGAAAACGUCUUAUAUAGGAUUCAAGAUGGAAUUUUAGAUCAUAUUAAACCAAAGAUAGUAGUGGUACAUGUUGGAACCUACAAUAUUAAUGAUAAAGCUGUGGACAUAGCUGACGGAAUUACCAAAAUUGUUCAAGAGAUACAGUUUAAGCUUCCCAAUGCAUAUAUUAUCGUUUUGGAAAUUUUACCAAGAGGUCAAUUCCCAAAUCCUCUUCGUGAGAAAAACGAUAUCGUUAAUGAAUUAUUACGACAAAAAUUGGCAUCUUUUUCCAAAGUCGAGGUGAUAGGAGCUGGUAAAACCUUAUGUCAAAAUGAUGGUACCAUUAGUCAUCAUGAUAUGUUGGAUUAUUUAACGCUCACCGAAGCAGGCUACCGUAAAGUUUUUGAACCUAUUUAUGAACUAAUUUUACAGCUAAUGGGAGAAAAUGAAAUCGAUAAAAAUAUACUUAACGACUGAUUUGUUAAAAAUUUGAGGUUAUGUUGCAUUUAUAUUGUAUAUCGAAGAUUCAGCGCAUCUUGUUUCAUUUUUCGUUGUGGAAUAAAAUGAGCGUCUCAUUAUCGAAAUAAUCUCAAAAGUGAACUGCUUAAAGUAUCUCAAGUUAUGUGUAUCAUACGUUUUUUUACGGGUUGCGUUCGUUAAUUUUUGCUUUGUUAAUUUAGUAUAGUUAAGUAUUAAAAUGGUAUUGUUGAUUUUGAUUUAUUUAUUUAAUCUUUCCUUAUGUGAACAGAAAAUAUUAUUUGUUUUGUAAUUAAUUGUUGCGAUGGCUGGUACAAAUUAUUCAUGUUUGUUUUAUGGAUUUUAUAUAUGGUAAUAUUUUUAUAACUUUUGUUUUUAACAUACCUUAUAUUCUGUCCUCGAAGUAAACUUGAUAAGUGAUUUUCUUAUGGUAAAUUAGUAACAUUUUUUAAAUUUAUAAAUCACAUGAAUAUAGAUAUAAGUAAUUUGCAGCUUGAUUAAAAAGCAUUCCACGAUUAAGUAGGUACAUGUAGCCUUUAAAUUUUUUCAUUAAAUUUAGAAGUAGUUCUUACGAUGCAAUAAAUUUUAGUUAUGUUUUUGUCAUUACAAAUGAUGAAGGAUUGCUAUAAGCACAAAUCUUUAAUUUAGUCUUCGCUGACCAAAUAUAUAGUUCCUUUUAAAUGAUUAUAUUUUAAGAAUAUCAGAUUGAAUAUCGAAAAAUUGCGCGAUUUCAGGGUUGUUUCCUUUAUACUCUAUUUACUUUCGUACGUAUUUAUGUGAUAAAUCGCCUAAAAAUUUAAGAUUUUUGAUAGAUAUUUUUGUACUUUUCAAUGUUUUUGUUACUUGCGUUUCUGCUUUUAUUAAAAAAUGUGCUCGUGUGA